AGUCCCUCUAGAUGAAGGUGGAGGGCAGCAAGCUGCUCAUCCUUCUUCGAGAGGCGUUGACCCUGCGCUUGAAGGGCUUUGCGCACCGGGUCCGAGUCUGCUGGGUCCAUGUUAUGGCCAGUUCGUUCUGUCAUGAACGGAAUAGAGGAUAGUACGGAAGCGUAUUGCAUUCACUUGGAUAAAAAAAAAAAAACUCCUGUUUUUCUGAGUAAUUUUUUGGAGGGCUUUGUUUUUCUGACUAUUUUUUUCUGUUUUUCGGACUAAUUUUUUUUCCGCCUGUUUUUCUGACUAUUUUUUUCUGUUUUUCGGACUAAUUUUUUUUCCGCCUGUUUUUCUGACUAUUUUUUUUUCUGUUUUUCGGACUAAUUUUUUCCACCUGUUUUUCUGACUAUUUUUUUCUGUUUUUCGGACUAAUUUUUUUUCCGCCUGUUUUUCUGACUAUUUUUUUCUGUUUUUCUGACAAAAAAAUUUUCCGCCUGUUUUUCUGACUAUUUUUUUUUCUGUUUUUCGGACUAAUUUUUUCCACCUGUUUUUCUGACUAUUUUUUUCUGUUUUUCGGACAAAUUUUUUUUACACCUGUUUUUCUGACUAUUUUUUUUCUGUUUUUCGGACUAAUUUUUUUGCACCUGUUUUUCUGACUAAUUUUUUUUUCUGAGUUAUCGGGACACAUCGAACUCACGCGAGAACCUGCGAACUACAAGUGACUCUUUGCGGAAUCCGUAGUAAGCAACAUGACCGGCUUAUUCAGUUUGAUCAAGUUUUAUUUUGAUAUGGGUUUAAGACACUGGGAGAUACUCCUGUCUUUGAGUCACAUAGAUGGUAUUGUUAUUAGUUUGUCGACAUUACGCAGGCACCUGCGGACUUUGCGUUUGUUCAGGAGGAAAGCCCAUUCAGAUCUGCUCGAUACAGCAAUGUUUGUCCAGAAUCAGUUGGACAGAUAUGGUAUGCUCCAUGGAUACAAGAUGAUGCAUUUAAAAUGCAUUCAGGCUGGCUACGUGGUGACUCAAGAGACGAUCAGGAGACUGAUGAAAAUACUGGACCCGCACGGUGUGCAACUGAGGCGCUGGAAUCGGCUUCGCCGGCGUAUGUACCACAAUCCCGGCCCAAACUUUUUGUGGCAUGUAGACUCUUAUGACAAACUCAAACCAUAUGGGAUCUGUAUCAAUGGUGCAAUAGAUGGUUUUUCACGAAUGGUGAUAUGGCUACAUGCUUACUCGACAAACAGUGAUCCUAAGAUAAUUGCUGGAUACUUUAUUAAUGAGGUGUCAUCAAGGAAUGGGACUUCUGCCCGAAUUCGUUCGGACCUUGGCACCGAGAACUGCUUUAUUGAGCAAAUGCAGAUGUUCUUGAGGCACGACCAUCUGGACAACUUUUCGCACAGAUGUUAUCUGUAUGGAUCGAGCAAUCACAACCAAAGAAUAGAGAACUGGUGGGGCUUUUUAAGGAGGCAACAUGCACAGUUUUGGAUGAACCUGUUCCAUGAUUUAAAAGACUCAGACUUCUUUUCUGGUGACUUCCUGGACAAAAGUAUCAUUCAGUUCACAUGUCUUGAAAUAAUAGAGCGAGAACUACAGGAAGUUGUUCACCUCUGGAACACUCACAGAAUUCGCCCAUGCAGAAAUGCUGCAUCUCCAGGUGGGCGCCCAGUGAUGAUGUACACCCUACCCGAACUUUUUGGAGCCAGAGAGUACUUGAAAGAGGUAUCUCGAGAAAAGAUAGAGAUCUGCAGAGGAGAAUGCCUUCAGAGAGGACCGUACCCCUGUGAUGAUACAGUGUUUGACAUUUGUUGUCUCGCCAUGGCAGAAAACAGUCUUCAUCCACCCACCUCUCCAGAGGAAGCCAUCGAGCUUUACAUGUUCUUACGUGCUUACAUACGAGCGCAGAUUUCAUGAACACAACCUGCUCUACAGGAUCAAAUGACAGGAUCAUGUAACCCUCCAAAAAUGGUAGACCUUACGCACCAUGAAUUUAACUGUAAAGGGUAUUAAAACAGUAAAUUACUGUGAAUUUGCUCCAAAUGGACAUCUCCACAUUGUGCCUCGUAUAUCUUCUUUCUAUUCCAGAAAAGCAAACGUCCAAUGUAUGCAUGAAAAAACAUGGGGAAUCUUGGGUUCAUUGUGUUCAUCAUUUAUAAAUA